CCGCAAAUCGCUUCAUAACUUUCUCAAUUACGAGGUUAUGUUUCUGUGGUCUUUCACUAUAAGGCAUAUUCUUCACUUUCUUAAACUUUAUUGUGGUUUCUAUGGUGAUCUUUCCUGAUGUAUCAAUAUCCUUUCCAGACACGGAUGUGUAGGAAUAUGGGUGGAGGGGGCAAGGCUGCCAUGCGAGUAGGAGCACACUGUUGCAUUAGAUGAGGCUUGUGGAAGUAAAUUCAUGCUGGUCCUCUUAAAACGGGAGCAAAUUUGGAAGUGGUGUUUGGGUAGUUGGACUUGUAAAAAAGAGGUAAGAAAGUGCUGCUUCUCCUGAAUCUUCUUGCCGUUUCAUUGCGGGAAAGGCCGAGCUCUUGGGUAUCGUGCUGCAGAAGCCGUGGAUGGUCUGGCACAGCCCUGUUAAUGUUUCUAGCAUUUGUAGUUUUGUGAAACUUCUGCUCCUGAGACAUACUGAAGACCUACCCUCCGCUGCCAGCAUGGCUCCUGGCUUUGCAUGUGAUACCGGACAAAUCAUUUAAGCCCUGGGGGUUUCCUGUUUAUAAAACUGGUAUUAUGCUUUUAUGUAUAUUUUCAUAUCUAAGCAUACAUAUUUAUAAACGUUUCGCUUCUGUGGAGGAGAAGUGGUUCAUAAAAGCAAGGUAACCCUUUGAUCCAUUUAGUUGCUGGUUUCCUAAUUUGCAUUUGGACUAGUAAUUUCUGUGGCUCCCUAUCACUGAGGUGCUUCUGGGCAGCUGAAACGUACGAUGCAACCAGUCGCAUCUCACCAAAAUAGGUUUUGGUUUUAUAUUAGUACCCAGAGAGUAAAACAAGGUAACCGUUUCUCAGACUGGUGCCUUUGUUUAAACUGGAGUGGAGUUGUUCUACCAGCUGUUGAGAUCCAAGCUGUUUUCUUUGAAAACGAAGCUAUUUUUUGGAGUAGAGAGCAUUCAAAAUUGAAUUUUGGACCUUGACCUGUAACUUGGUGGUAUAAUUCUUUGUAGCAUCCAGCUUUUAGGAAUGUCACUGUCCUGUCAGAUCUCGGUGCGAUAGAUGGUUGCGUGUUUGGUCUAGGUGUCAUACACGCAAAUAAUACUCUUUUGCCAUCAAUGAUAGCUUCCCUGUCAUGUUCCUAGAGCAUCCUUUAUUCCUCCUAAUUUAUUCAAAUGCAUUCUAAAAUAAUUUUUUUGUUCACGUCUAAGUUUAUCAUCUUCCCCUCUCUAUCUCUUCUAUGUUUUGCAAUUUUUAUAUGCGCUAAAUGUUUCAUUAUAUGAAGGUUGCGUUAACAUGCAAUGGCUCCCCACGUAGUCAAGGCAAAACCAACAGUCCCAGUGAUGACACAAGGUGGUUACAAGCAGUACGAAGCCUUUACAUAAAAGGGGGUACCUGUCCCCUCUCUUUCUGAGACAUGCUAUUGCCUUUCCUUUCAGAAGUGGCUGUAUUUCGGUAAUGCUGCCCAGAUUUUUCAGGAUGGAAGUUACUAUACAAACAUGACUGGUAUUUGACCUCAAAAAUAGCUGUGAGCUGGAAAGCUAAAUCCAGCUCUAAUGAAUGAAGUCCUAAAGCUGACAGCAUUCAGCAAUUUCACGGGCUCAGGAUAUUUUCUAACAAGAAAAUUAAUUUCUGAGACUUGUUGACAGAAACAUCAAGAAUGGAACUGCUGCCUUUGCCUCCACCCACCCCAGCAAAGAGUGGGGGGAGAAAAGCAGCUCUUUAUAAAUAGCUCUGUUCCUGUCGUAUUUGUAAAUUCAGUGCUUUUUGUGUCAAUGACAUCACCCUCUUCUCCAUGGCAACUCCCUGCGAUGUCAAAACUGCAGGGCACCACCAGAGAAACUUAAACCAGCAGAUGAACAGGUUGAUUCAAGAUGAUUUAAUUGAGAAAUGGUGCAGGGGGCGACAGGAGGAGGUGGGAAACGGGAGCAAACGGGCUACUGUCAGCUCUGCCUCUCCAGAAAGCUUGCAUCUGUAACGAUUGCCUCCUAAAACUCUGCCCCAUCUCGUCUUUUUGCAAGUCCUUGUCAGGAGGAGGAGGUGGGUGGAAGGCAGGCAGGCAUCUUUUUCUCCAUCUCCGGUGUGUCUGGAGAGAAUACACUACAGGUGACUAAGCAGGAGGAGCGUGACUGACUCACUCCUGAGUUAUUGUCUCACUCCCUUUCUCUCCCUCCUUCCAUUUUUUCUGUUUGUUUUUUAGCUUUUGCCCAACAGCUUGUAUUUUUUCCCCAGGCCCUGCUGAGAAAGAAUUAGCAGCAGUCUUUCUUGUUACCUAAUGUGCACGAAAACGCGCUUGUGGUUAUCCGGGUGAGGAAAUAAAAGCCAAGUCUAAAAGCAAGAAAAAUGAAUUGUCUCUUGGAUACAACACCUCUAUCUAAAAAAAAAACCAGACCAAAAACCCAAAGCACACAACACCAAAAAGCCCGGUGCUUCUCCUUCUGAAUGUUGUCCAGGAAAUACUCAAGUAACUGACAUGCCAGGAAACUGUAAAUAACUGGCUUCUUUCUCAGGCUACCUAUGGAAAAUACCUAAUUGCUUCACUGGCAGCCCCGCAGGUUUUGACUUGAUUUCUAAACGGACUGCAGUGGGGGAAGCUGUUUCACUUGCUGUCUUGAUUACGGAAUUGGAUUCUGCUGGGUUCCAUUUGGGACUCAAGUAGCAGGAACAUAAUGGUUACAUCUGCAGAGCCUCACCCAGGGUAAACUGUCACUGCUUCAAUCAGCUUAAUAAAUCUGUCCUAAUUUGCAUCCCUAUGAAGUCUCAAGCCUUAGAACAGUUUACCUCCCUUCUUCUGCAGGGUGCUGUGAGAUAUGUUGCUGAAAUUUAGCCUGCAGAAGCGUCAACUUGCUAUUAUAUUUUUGCAUUUUUGAAAUUGCAUGGCAUGGACGCAGGCAAGUUAUGCAAGAUCAGCACAACGCCCACAGCGUUCUUGUAUCCAGAAAGGGACGCGGGGCUGCUUAUACCAGACGGAUACGUCCCACUUUGGUUUGCCUGAGCGAUGGAAUAACGCCGUGUUUGCCGCUUGUAGCCUGCAGUUCAUCCCUCUGUAGGGCCCAGGAGCCUUUAAUCACAGAUUCUCAAAGUGCGAGGCUUUGUUAUGUCUGCUAACCCCCUCCCCACCCCGGAGUGAAGUGUAAGUCAGCUACCUGUGAUUUCAAGGCUUAGCUGAGGGGAAAUGCAUGUAGAGCCUUUAUACACUAGCAUCUUGAUUAGCAUCUUGCUCUUGCCUUUUGUGCAAAAUGUCACUCACCACACAGUCCCAUCCUCUUUGCUGAGAUCACAGCGUCAGCCCACGAUAAAAAAGGUCCCAGAAAGCACUGAUUUACUGCAUUACAGGAUCUUGGUAGUGGUGUGUGUCUACAAUGAGAUCUCAUCAGUUUUAACUGCAAGGUUUUAAUGGAAUCUGUCAUUGUGGUCUUCUGUGUACUCCAACUGUGAGGCUAUUUUACCUUCAGUGGAUCCUUCCAAUGCCUCUGACUGCCAGGAAAGGGGGCGUGUGGCACUCUGAUACACUCCUCCACCGCAGCUGGCAUGAGGGUAGUGCCGGUGAGUAAGCAGCUGCGAGCUUGAUGUGUUUGCAUGUGUUUGAGACUGAACCAGGAUCUUUCUGAAGAAGCUUUAAGAUGAAAUUGCUGAGAAUUUUUGCCUGAAGCGAGGGAUGUUUCCCGUGUUUAAGACAAGCUGCAACCUGCAGUCAGAAGGAAGAAGGGACCGAAUUAACUCCAGAAGUACUUCUCGGAGACCUUUUUUUCCAGCUACUGCUGUGUAGACGACUCCUCGCUGACUGGCACACCAGCAAAGCACGGAUGCAACAGAUGACAAUGAAGGCUUGCGCUCCCUGUCGCGUUUCCUCCACACCUUCGCAGGAUUACGCUCCAUCUUUUCCUCUCUGAUCCUCCACAGCGCUGCUUCUGCCUCGCAAGCUCCAGUCUUUUGGAGAAGGAAUGUUGUCCCCCUCCCUCGACUGCCAUCCAUACAGUGAGCAAUCAAAGCUUUCCUGCCGGGAAUGGCAAGGAAUUGGUGGCAGGUCCUGAAAUCUGCAGCCAGGCGACAGAGGCGGAGAUGACGGGAUUCGUUAGGAACUGCAGCAGCUCUAGGCCCUGAGGCUGUGGAGCUGAGCGAAGCAAGUCGGAGCUUUAAUAGGGACCGAAAGGAAGAGAUGGAGAGGAGAAGGCAAGAUGGUCCCAAGAGGCUCUGCUGUCGGCGUGUGUCUUUUUCCUUGGAACACGAAUCUGAGGCUUCUUGGCAUUGAGGGCUUCCGUGUCCCAUCUACUACCACACCCUGAAAUCAAACUCGGCAGCUUAGGUGAACCAGGCACUGUACAAACAUGUCAGGCUUGCCUCCACCCCUUUUCCUUCUCCCGCUUUCUCCUGCCGUCUUUCUCUCUCGAGUUUAUCAGCGUGUCAGCGGAUUCCAGUGGCAGAGGGUUCCCACCUCACCGCUGGGUACGGAGCAAUGAGGAGUCCAGGGGAUGGUUCUGGAAGGGAAGAAAAACCGGGAGCUGGAUUCCUUUGGGAAGGAGUUUACUUCAUCUUUACUCCUAUAGCCCAGCAACACCAUCCUCCAAUCGGCUUUGCUGUAUGUCAGUGGGAGAGUUUCCCUCCAGACCCUUCCUUCUGCUCUCACUUGGAAUUGUCCUCUACCAGCAUUGUUGCAGCAGGACUGCCAGACACUAAUGACUUAAUGCAUUUGGGGACAGAGUACUGAAAAAACAGAAGAGAAGUUUGUGGCUGGCAUCAUGUUCCGCAAGAAGAAGAAGAAACGCCCGGAGAUCUCGGCUCCGCAGAACUUUGAGCACCGUGUCCACACUUCAUUUGACCCAAAGGAGGGCAAAUUUGUGGGCCUGCCACCUCAAUGGCAGAAUAUUCUAGACACGCUGAGGCGCCCCAAGCCAGUGGUAGACCCUUCAAGGAUCACAAGGAUGCAACUCCAGCCUAUGAAGACUGUGGUGAGAGGCAGCACUGUGGAAGUGGAAGGCUAUAUCUCCGGGAUCCUCAACGACAUCCAGAAGCUUUCUGCCAUCAGUUCGAACACUCUGAGGGGAAGGAGCCCCACCAGCAGGAGGAGAGCUCAGUCCCUUGGGCUCCUGGGGGAAGACAGACCCCCAGACAUGUACCUUCAGAGUCCUGAAGCAGACUGGGCAGACAAAUAUGGAAACUACCUCAAUUGCAAUGGUGGGACCAAGGUGACCCGGAGGCAGACUAUGUGGCCAGACUAUAAGCCCCGGCUGGAAGGACAGCCUCAUCCCAACGGUAUGGUAAUGAAAGCCCAGUCCCUCGGGCCUUCGGAGUUCCAGGGCGCCGACGGCAGCUGCCUCCAGCGUGCCUCCGGUUUGCAGCAUAUGCCAGCUCUACCGGGGGAGAGUGAGAAGACGGGAAAAAAGAGCUCAGAAGAGUGCUGGCCUCAGCCUUGUCUCGUACGACAAGCAAACUCCAGGCCCUCGGGGGAGGGCAGCCCCAGCUCCAAAUCAAGGGAGAACAGCUUGAAGAGGAGGCUGUUACGCAGUGUGUUCCCCUCAUCCAGCGGCUCAAACAAGUCAGGCUCUUCCCUGCAGAUAAAGCCUAAUACUUUCUUCAGACCCCAGCAGUGGGGUUCCCCACGCAGCCCUGCAGCCAAAGCCCAGUCUCUUCCAUCAGAUCAGCCUGCACCCGACUUCCCCAGGAUGAUCUCAGAAGCUGGGACUCCCCAGAAGUCGCCAACAGUGGAGAAGGCGAUUGCGCUGCCCCAAGGCAGGCCGUCGCCGGCAGGGUCUCCCAGGAACCGGCAGACUCAGACUAGUUCUAGCAACCUUCACCUUCCCCAGGACUCUUCUGUGAAAGGGCAGCUGGCCAGUGAGGACCCGGUGGUUGUGACUCACGAGCAGUUCAAAGCUGCCCUUAGGAUGGUGGUAGACCAGGGGGAUCCCCGGACAUUGCUGGAGAAUUAUGUAAAGAUUGGUGAAGGGUCCACAGGCAUCGUCUGUAUCGCUCGGGAGAAGCACUCGGGGCGGCAGGUGGCAGUGAAAAUGAUGGAUCUGAGAAAGCAGCAGCGCCGGGAGCUCCUUUUCAAUGAGGUGGUGAUAAUGAGGGAUUAUCAACACGUCAACGUAGUGGAGAUGUACAAGAGCUAUCUAGUGGGAGAGGAGCUCUGGGUGCUGAUGGAGUUCCUGCAGGGGGGAGCCCUCACAGACAUUGUCUCUCAGAUCAGGCUAAAUGAAGAGCAAAUUGCAACAGUGUGUGAGUCGGUGCUGCAGGCUCUGUCGUAUCUUCACUCUCAGGGGGUCAUUCACCGGGACAUUAAGAGCGACUCCAUUCUUUUAACGCUGGAUGGGAGGGUCAAGCUCUCAGAUUUUGGCUUCUGUGCUCAGAUCAGUAAAGAUGUACCUAAAAGAAAGUCCCUAGUAGGCACUCCCUACUGGAUGGCUCCAGAAGUUAUCGCAAGGAUACCGUAUGCUACCGAGGUGGAUAUCUGGUCCCUGGGGAUCAUGGUGAUAGAGAUGGUGGAUGGAGAACCCCCCUAUUUUAGCGAUUCUCCAGUCCAGGCAAUGAAGAGGCUCCGUGACAGUCCUCCUCCCAAACUGAAAAACUUCCACAGGACCUCCCCAGUUCUGAGAGACUUCUUGGAAAGGAUGUUGACACGGGACCCGCUAGAAAGAGCAACGGCACAAGAACUCCUGGAUCACCCCUUUUUGCUCCAGACGGGCCUUCCAGAGUGCCUGGUUCCCCUUAUCCAACAAUACAGAAAGCGUACCUCUACCUGCUGACUUCACAUGAGGGGAAAUGCUAGGGGAAAAAUAAUGCUUAUUUUAAAAAAAUAAUCAAGAGACCACCCGGUCUCGUCCUGUGAAUGGUGCUUGGAACUUGUCAGCGAUCUUUUUUGAGGAUGAAUGUGAAUACUGUCCUUGCAUUCUCAGCCUUUUGGGGCUUCUCUUUUGCUGAAGACAAUCAAUACGUACUAGAUCCACGUAAGACCAAGUAUGUGUCAAGACUAAAGCAGGCGUUUCGUGACUUGUGGGUCGCUUCUUCCAAAGAAUGGCAUUUUAAAGCCGAGUCCGAAGUUGCGUAUCUGAAUGUCUGUGAGUUCCUGCAAACCGUGGCUGCUGACUACUGAACUGGAACAAUAUUUCCCAACUAGAAAUGUGAUCUUUGCUUCCUUAGUUGUACACUGGAGUCCUGAGCUGACUCAGACGUACAUUUUGGGGCACAGACCCCUUCAAACUCUCAAACAAUGCACAAACACUUGACAAUUUUUUCCUCUGAGACUUUUUCACAGAUGAUUUUAAUCUUCUUCAGUUAAAUGCGGACCUAGAAGACUGUACAUAUUUUUCCUGGGGAGCAGAUGUGAUAUGUAUAUAUUUGUUUCUAAAUGGCUCUCUUGCAUCAACAUGCUUCUCUUUUGCUGAGGAAUAUGUAUGGUUUAGUGGUCAAUCUUGAAUCCAUUUCAUGAUCUUAAACUUUUGGAGGGGGAAACCCUUGGAUACAGGCCUCAAACAGACUCUGUGAAGACAGGCGUUCUUGCCACCAGGAUCCUGCCAUUCAAAAUUCACAAUAUGCAACACCUUGAAAGCUUGUUCCCGUGUUUGGUUUCCAGGCACCUUCUUUCCAAGGCCUUUCUCCCAAGAGAGGCUCAGAAAUGCUGCCCUGAGACAGUUGAGUAGCACUUUGGGGUGCUCUAGGAGACUGAAUGGAAAAGUUUCGGCUCUCCUGCAUAUCCCGGGAGAGGUUUUCGCGUUCAUGUGAGGCGCUUCGUUGAGCCUCGAUCUCCUCUGCUUGCUACCGCGGAACGUCAGGAGGAGAGAAACGUUUGAUGUGUGUUUUGUUAUUGGUAUCCCCUUCCUCACCAUCCCUUUGCCGAUACGUUUGGAAAGUUACUGGUUGUCUAAACAGCUCUUUCGGUUAUUUUAAAAUAGAUUUAGCUAUUUUGUAUGAUACACCUUCUGAUCAGUGAGAUAGUCAAGGUCAUUGGGCUCUAGGUCAGGACGUAACGUUGUACAGUAACGUGUGUAUUGUUGUGAGGUCUCAAGAAUAUUAUCUUUCAUGUGGAACUGGGAUCCUAUUUUGAAACUCCAGAUACAAAUUUAUUGGAAUUUAAGUUAUUCUUGGGACAGUCCUACUGUCUUGGAAUCUAACCUUAUAAUUGCAUUUUCUUCAGAAGAUGUUGAUAAUCUCUAUCCUCUGCUAUUUACUCCAGUUACAGAUCCUGCUUCAAAAUUGAAGCCACAGUUGAUUACUUGAAGUAAUUUGGGAUGGAAUUCAUCUGCACUGAUGCCAGCCAUCUAAAUGGUGGGCACCCAGUCUGCAAAGCCUGUAGAUUGGCUCUGUAGGCCAAGGUGAAGGAACACCUCCGGAGGGCGACUCACCUCCCUUAUCUCAGACACCUGCCGAAGGAUGAAAUCGCUCUCUCUCGAUACCACUCUGCCUGUGGCCAGUAGAGGGAUCGUAGGUGGUUUGCCUAGGCUGGAUGUCCAAGUUUGGGGCUGAUGAAGUUGGUUGAAAUGAGUUCGUUUAGCUCCUCCUUAGCUGCACUGGAAAGUUUUUGAUGUAAAAUGUUUCUGUAUUCCAGAUAUACUGCUUUUUUAUGCAAAAGAGCAGGGCUUUGAAAAGAUUUCUAAUUUGAAACGAACGAUCCUGCUCAUCUGUAGUUGUGAAUCCUUUGCACUUGUGUUUUAAAUUAAAGUAGAUCUUGAUUUAUUCAUAA